AUGGCGGCCGAGGGCGCCGCCGCUUGCUCGGACGUCCGCUUGUGCGGCUACCUGCGGAAGCAGAAGUCGCAGCACCGGCGCUACUUCGUGCUGCGCGGGGCGGGCGCGGGGGGCCCGGCGCGCCUCGAGUGCUACGAGAGCGAGAAGAAGUUCUGCGCGGGGGGGGCGGCCCCCCGCCCCAAGAAGGCUUUCCCGCUGGCCGAGGCGCUGAGCAUCAGCAAGCGGGCCGAUGCCCGCCACGGGCAUCUGCUGGUGCUGUGCGGGCGCGACGGCACCUGGGGCGUGGCCGCCCAGAGCGCCGAGCAGCAGCAGGCCUGGUACGCGGCGCUGGUGGAGCUGCACGGCAAGGGAAAAGCGUCCUCAGACGGGGACGGGGAGUCGGUGCUCUCUGGCCCAGCCAUCAAGGAGGCCUGGCAGGUCAGCCUCCGCCCCCGAGGGUUGGGGCACACCAGGAACCUGGCGGGUGCCUACCUUCUGUGCCUGACGGACAAGACCAUCAGCUUUGUGAAGCUGAACACCGACGUGGCGGCCGUGGUCUUGCAGCUGCUCAACGUCCGGCGUUGCGGCCAUUCGGAGAACUACUUCUUCAUGGAGGUGGGCCGCUCGGCGGUGACGGGCCCGGGGGAGCUCUGGAUGCAGGUGGACGACCUGGUGGUGGCCCAGAACAUGCACGAGACCAUCUUGGAGGCCAUGAAGGCGCUGAGCGAGGAGUUCCGCAUCCGCAGCAAGAGCCAGUCCCUGGCGUCCACGCCCAUCUCGGUGCCCGCUCGCCACCAGCACCUUGGCACCCCGCCUCCCAGCCGGGCAACUUUUCCCUGGAGGCCCCGCCCCGAGGGGCCUCCCGCCUCGAGCAGGAGCCCCGUCCCCCCCAGGCAGCAGGUAGCAGGUCUCCAGAAGCCGGGCUUCGUGAGUGAUCACAGCACCGUCUCCUCGGACGAAGGGGGAUCCAGCCCUGGCGACUUGCACUCGCUGAACGCUCCUGGCCGGCCGAGCUGCCUGGGGUCAGAAGGGGAGCUGGACUACAUUUCCAUGGACAAGCUGGGGGGCCACAGCUUGGCCAAGUGGCGGCUGGAGGCCAACAAGCGGGCCUCGCUGCCUCCCAUGCCCCUGGAGAAAGACAUGCCCGGCCUGCCCCAGAGGAAGCUGACCCUCAAGCCAGGAGCAGCCUCCACCAGUUACCCCGAAGGGCUGGACCGCAGCGCCGACCCUGGCUACAUGGGCAUGCUGCCUGGUGUGACCCGGAGUGUGGAGGAGCCGGGCUACGUCCCGAUGACCCCGGGCAGCGUCUCCCCACCCCAGGAGAGCGGGGGGUAUAUGCUGAUGUCCCCCAGUGGGAGCUGCUCUCCGGAGGGGUUAGGGCCAUGGGGGCCAGGCAGCGGGGGCUGCGAAUCCUCAGCCAGUGACUACAUGAAUAUGUCCCCCACCAGCCGCUCGGCCUCCAGCACCCCACCGGAAUACAGCCCCCUGCUGCCCCCUCCUGGCGGCACGCCCUUCUUCUCCCUGCCACGCUCCUAUAAGCACGGGGCUCGGCCCUUCCCUUUCUUGUUCAACCCGGGGCGCCUCUCCGGCUCUUCUUCCACCAGCUCGGAGAGCCUGGAAGAGUCAGCGGGCACCUCGUGUUCGGCCUGUCCCCCUACGAGGCUCUUGGUGGGCGGCAGAGGGACCCCGGCUGCACCCCGCAGCUCCGGGGAAUAUGUCAGCAUCACGUGUGGCUCUAGAGCCCCCGGCUGCCUCCACGUAGAGCUUCAAGCCAUACCAGCAGAGGCCAGUGGGAUGGCAGUGCCUACUGGCGACGCUGCGAUGGCACCAGGGACCUGUCUGGUGCGAGCAGAUGCCCAAGGGAGGAGAUGCCACGGGGCAGAGACCUUCCCCGAUGCAGAAUGGAAUGGGGCACCGCCGUGCGAGGCCAAGACCGAGCCGGGGCUGAACUAUAUUGACCUCGACCUGGUGAAGGAGGCCGGGGGGGAGGGGGCCUCGGCCCCACGCCUUGCUGCUGCUGCCACCCCCGGCCAGGGGGAGCCCCCACACACGUACGCAAGCAUCGAUUUCCAAGGUCUGCGGGAGCUACGUGGAUGCAAGCCCAGCCCUGAGCGAGCGGCUGUGCACGCAAGAUGCGCAGGCAGGGCUUUGGGAGUUUGCGCACAAGGCAGCUUUGCCCUGGGGGCAUCCCUGAGCACCAGAAGCGGGGCGGAAGCCGGGUUUGAGCAGGGCCACGAGAAGAGCCUGGAUGUUAAAACACAAACCUCCUUCUGUGAAACAAAGGGGGCAGUCCGGGAGAGGGACGAAUGGUGGGGUGGCUUGCUGGGCACCCGCCCACCGAGGAAAGGGGCAGCUGCCUCUGCCAGCCUGGUCUGCCAGGAGGAGAGGGGCAGCAAGCAGUGCCAGAGAGGGGAGCAGAGGCCUUGGGAGACGGGCCUCCUUGAGCAGCCUUUGCCUGGCAGCACCACGGGCAGGCUGGAAGAACUGGCAUGCCGAAGCAGCAGCUGGGAUCGCAUGAAAGGCGGGCAGGGGGGAUGGACAAGUGUCCGGCCAGGGGAGCGGCCCGCUUGUGGCCACGGACCCAUGCAAGCAGGCCCUCUGGAGGCCACUGUGUGGGGUGGCUCGGUGUGUGGCGUGGUUCUGCAGCAGUCCGGAGAGGCCCUAGGGAUGCUGCUGGAGGUCUCCCCUCUGCCCCUGUCCUCACUGUGCUACGUCUACUGGGUGAUCCUCACCGCCCUGGCCCUCCUCCUCUUCACCUUGGCCCUGCUCGCGGUCAGGAGGGCCUUCAGGCCACGGGAGCUGAGCGUCACCAAACCCUCCCAGCAAGGCGACCCUGAAGCAGCUCUGGUGGACGCCCUCCACCUCCUGGACGCUGUGAUGCAGAAGACCUGGCGCCGCCUCCAGCAGCUGGAGAGGAGGCAGGGGGAGAUCCGGAACCCAGACAGAAGCUGGAGCUGA